AUGACAACCCCAACCUUCAGCAUCCUUCCUCCAGGCGAGUUACCCAACCCUCUCACCAGCUGCCGCGCAACAGAAACAUUCCACCAUUUCUGCGGCCACGUCACCACAGUAACCAUCCACCACUCACCGCUCUGCACAUCCUGCCAACCCUCACCCCCACCAUCACCCCUCCAACCCAGCAGCUCCCAAUUUGCAUUUAGAUCCCCGCCCGGAACCCCUAGCACAGCAAGACCACGCAGGCCGACACUCACACGGCCUUCAAGCUCCGCAUCCAUGGCUUGCUUCAACACCGUUGAGCGCAGCGGAACACUCCAAUCACCCACUGCGUCACCGACCGGACCCAGAGAAAUUCCUCCUCUUUCCAUCACAUGCUCAGCUACAUCUGCACCUCGAAUCUCUUGUCCUCAACUUCUCAUCCAACCACUCUAUAAUCCGGCAGCUUGCGCAUCGUGCGCUAAACUUAUGGGUUUGGAGUCUGAAGAGACGGAUGAGAUGGUGGAGAGGGAGAUGGAGCAGUGGGAAAAGAGAAAACAGGGAAUAGAGGAGAGAAUGAGGGAGUGGGCUGUCAAGCUCAAUGAUUGGGAGGAAGGGGUGAGAGUUUUGAGGAGGGGUGGGAAUUGA